UCCUCCUUAUUUGGGAGACCACCAACAUCUGCAGACAUUGAUCAUUCAGUGGCAUAUAAAAAGCAUUAGGUUGAAGAGGGACAUUUUAGACAAGCAGUACAAUGGCUGGGGGUUCCCGCAUCAUUUGGAUUCCCGUCCUUCUCUCCUGUGUCUUUCAAGCUUCUGACAACAGACAUGUCCAUCAGGGCUAUGUAAUUGGCCGUACAGGAAACCCAGAUGUGGACCAAAUAAUUUCAAAAAUCCCAAUAACAAUUCCAGAGGGAAUUGAUCCCAGGAAUAUCAAUGUAACUUCAGUUAUUAUCAAAACUUGUACUGGUAUGGAGGAACAGGUGGCACAGCUUAACAGUCAGCUUCAGCAGACAGCUCUCCGCAACAGACAGCUAGAUAAUGAAGCCUUUGGGUUGAGGAGGGAGGUCAGACUGCUGAACCUGCAGCUUGCCACAUGCAGCUCGACAGCCUCAGCUAUUACUGGCUCUUAUCAAACCCAGUUACUCAACAAAAUGAACCAACUCCUGGAGACAUUUGAUAGUGAUGCAUUUCUGACCCUGAAAAUCAUUGCACUCACAAGGGAGGUGAGUGCAUUACAAAGGAAGGUCAAUCAUGCUGCUAAUUCUACGGAACCUACUGAUAUCAGAGCAGUGCUGCAGAGAGAGCUGCAAGACAAGAUUGAUGAACUGAACGUGAAGACGCAGCAAAUUAAAGGAAGCCACACAAACUCAACACUGAUUCUUCAGAUCAUCUCAUUGCAAAAUCAGAUCUGGGACUUGGAGCGUGCAGAAUCUAGAGGAGGAGAAACAAGUCUUCAGGCCAACAAGAGAAUUCAGGCUCUACAACAACAGCUUGACAGGGAGCUCAGUGAGCUGCGAGGCAAAGGAGAUGCAGAAUCAACUAUGCUGGAGCUGAUUUCUGUGCACAGUAAGAUUGCAGCAGUGCAGAGGCUCAUCAGUGUCCACAUUGAGGAAUCCAGGAAUAAUGCUGCUGAUUACCAGAGGCAGUGGAGGCAAAGAAUUGAGCUCCUUAAAAAGAAGAUUUUACAGUUGAAUCGUGAGGAGCAUAACAAAGAACUUACCAAGGAAAUUUUAAUACUGCAGGCCGAGGUGGAGCAUUACAGACAGUUAAUGAUGAAUGCCAAAAAGACAACUUAUUCCCGACUUCAAGAGCUACGAGUUAUUUUGGAGGAGGAGAAGAGAAAACAAGAAAACUUACAGAAGCAGCUGGAGGAAUCAGAGUAUGCCCAGGCACAACUAAUCAUGAAAAUCAUCAGCAUAAUGAAAGAAGUGAGAGAGCUGAAUGACGAUGAGCAACACCAGACAACAUCACCAAAUCCAGCCACCACUCUUCAGACUCUGCUUCAAGCCAAAGAAAGGGAAUUUGAAAAAGCUCAGGCCGAAAUAAAUGAGCUGCAGAGGAAACUGAAAUUAAAGAGUAAAGAAUACUUUGGUCUUGAAGAAAGACACAAGGAGGUAGAGACUGAAUAUAAACAGAAGAUUGCAGAACUUAGCAAAACCGGAGACACCAAAGCCACACUCAUUUUGAACGUGAUAAACCAGCAUGAUGCUUUGAAAACUCUGAGGGAUCAGAUCUCCACCACAGCAGACCCAGACAAAAUCAAAGAGCUACAGAGGCAACUGGAGGAGAAGCAGGCCGAAAUUAACUCUUACACUGCAGAAAUAGAGAGACUGAUUCCCAACCCCCAAAUCAUUUUAACAGUCAUUGAGCUGCAGAAUAAGAUAUGGGACCUUCAGAGACAGGCUGCCAAUGGGACCACUGAUGACCGUAUAGUAGAUUUGCAAGACAGAGUGCAAGGCCUUCUCAGUGAAUUAGACAACAAAGACGAUGCCAACAUAAAACUAAUGCUGCGCAUCCUGACCCUGCAGAGUCAGGUGGAGCAGCUGCAGAGACAGUUGUCAGACCACCAGAAGUUACGAACCACUGAGGUGACCCAGUUCACAAAUGAUCUCAAAACCAAGAAGAAAGAGCUGCAGAAAUAUGCCAACGAGCUGAAUGAGAAGAAUCAGACAAACACCAGGCUGAUACUUGAAAUUACUGAUCUGCACAACCAACUAAGAAACCUAGAAAAAGAAAAGCACGAUGACAAAGUGGAGUCAUCUUUAACAGUUACUCAGUUGAGGGAAAAACUGAAGGCCAAAAUGGCAGAGCACUCUCGUGAUAAAGCUGAGAUCAAGGUCCUUCAGACUCUGCUUCAAGCCAAAGAGAAGGAACAUGCCUCUGCUCAGGCUGCGGUCAAAGAGCUGCAGAGGAAAUUGAAAUUAAAGGGUGAAGAAUGCUCUGGUCUUGAGGAAAGAUAUGUGGAGGUAAAGACUGAAUUUGAACAGAAGAUUGCAGAACUGAACAGAACCGGAGACUCCAAAGCGGCACUCAUUCUGAGUGUGAUAAACCUGCAUGAUGGUCUGAAGACUCUGAGGGAUCAGAUCUCCACCACAGCAGACCCAGACAAAAUCUCAGAGCUGCAGAGGCAGCUGGAGGAGAAACAAGAAGAACUGAACUCCAAGACUGCAGACAUAGAGAGACUGAUCCCCAACCCCAAAAUAUUUUUAACAGUCAUUGAGCUGCAGAAUGAGAUAUGGGACCUUCAGGCUGCAAACAAGACCACUGAUGGCAGUGUAAAAGAAUUACAAGACAGAGUGGAUGGCCUUAUCAGUCAAAUUGAAGACAAAGGCGACGACAACACAAAACUGGUGCUGCACAUCCUGACCCUGCAGAGUCAGGUGGAGCAGCUGCAGAGACAGUUGUCAGAUCUCCAGAAGUUACGAACCACUGAGGUGACCAAGCUCACAAAUGAUCUUAAAACCAAGACGGAAGAGCUGCAGAAAUAUGUCAACGAGCUGAAUGAGAAGAAUCAGACAAAUGCCAGGCUGAUUCUGACAACCACUGAUCUGCACAACCAACUCAGAAGCCUUGCAUCAGAAAAGCAGAAUGAGGAAAAAACAGCUUCUGCUGUAGUUACUAAGCUCAGAGAACAACUGAAGGCAAAAGUGGAGGAGCACUCCCGAGAUCAAGCUGAGAUCAAGGCUCUGCAGAAUAAACUGAAUGAGACAGAAGCACAGUGUUCAGGUUUUGAGGAAAAACUUAAAGGUCUGCAGAAUGACCUGGAUGCCAAAAUGAAGGAGCUGCAGUCCAAAUCUGAGUCUGUUACUUCACUUGCUCUUCAAGUUUCUACAUUAACCCUGCAACUGGAGGAGCUAAAGAGACAACUACAAAACACUGAAUCUGAAACCAAAAUAAAAGAACUUCAAAAAAUUAUCGAAGAGAAAAAUAGUGAGCUGACCAAAAAAACAAAAGAGCUGAAAGAAAGAAGUGCUCAACCACAAAGACUUCUACAGAUUAUUGCAAUACAAACAGAGAUUGAGAAGUUGGUAAAUGUGGCAUCAAAUGACACAGAUUACGCUAAGAUUAGUGCACUCCAAGACCAUUUGAAUUACUUAGUUGAAGGAAUUCAAGAUGAAAACAAUGAAAAUACUAAACUGAUGUUUAAAAUCUUGUCUCAACAAGAUGAAAUAGCAAGAUUGGAGAAGCAAGCGAAGCGUCAGUCACAAGCAGCAUCGGAGAGAAUAAAAGAUCUGGAGAAUGAACUGGAGGACAUCAGAAAUCAGAUAUCAGAAAAGACGCUGGUGCUGGACUCAAGUGAUACAAGGAUUGCUAAUUUGUCGGCUCAGAUUAUAGAACUUCACAAGAAAAUCAAACCACUGGAAGAGGAGAUAGCAGACAUUAAAGAAACAAAUGCUGAGAAUCUUGCAGAGCUUCAAAAGAAACUGGAUUUGUCAAAGAGGCAACUGCAAGACAGCGAAGUUCGACUCAAUGAAGCAGAUGCAAAGAACUUUCAACUGAUUAUGGAGAUUGCUGAUCUGAGGACACAGCUGAAAAAAGCUCAGAAAAAGGCAUCCAAGGCUGUCGACAAAAAUAACAUUGAAUUGGAACAACAACUGCAAACACAACAAAAAGAGAACAGACGACUUGAAAACACAAAUAAAGACUUAAAGGAAGAGAUCAAGGAACUGCAAAUGUGCUGCACUGAUGUCAACACCCAGUGUGAUGAUUUACAAAGACACCUGCAACAAAGCCAGGAGGAUGCGGAUCGCCUGCAGCAGCAGCUGCAUGACAAGGAUGCCAAUCUCAAACAGCUGCAGCAGGAGCUGGAACAACAGAACAUGGAGAAUAUCACGCUGCAGCACGAAUGCAAGAACUUAGAGAGACAACUGCAGCAGGCCCUGGAAAACGCUGACUACCUACAGCAGCAGCUGUCUGAGAAGGACGCCACGCUUAACCAGCUGCAGCAGGAGUUAGAAGAACAGACCAGGGAGAAUAAGAAGCUGCAGAGCGAUUACGACAACCUGCAAAAUGAGAAGACACAACUUGAGGAUACUGUACAAGAACUUCAAAGCAAACUGAAUGAUGAGGAAGAUAAGAUAAUCCAUACCAAGAAGAUGACCUUGGACCCAAACACAGCCCAUCCCAGAAUAGCUCUGUCGGCAGAUAACACCGAGAUGUCCACAAGUGAGGAAAUACAAAAUGUCCCAGACCAUCCAGGCCGGUAUGAUUCAGUUCUCGCUGUCCUGGGCGCGACUGGGUUCUCAAGUGGCAGACAAUACUGGGAGGUUUCUGUUGCUGGGAAGCGUUGUUUCCACAUCGGGAUGGCCAGUGAAUCUGCUCCAAGAAAGGGACCGAUAUCAUUCAGUCCGAGAAAUGGUUUCUGGACUCUUGUCUUGAACAAACAAGGUCAAUACAGAGCUAUCGAUAGGAAAUCUGUUACAGUUCCACUUCAGACGCAACCUAUUACACUGGGAAUUCUACUGGACUACAAAAAGGGAGAGGUUGUUUUUUACGAUGCUGGUGCCAGAACUCAUAUAUACUCAUUUGUAGGGCAAAGCUUUACAGACAAAAUCCAUCCAUUUAUCAAUUUUUGUGUUGAGGAUACUGAAAGUCAGGUACCAAUAGUUUUACUUUCACCUGGAUCAAUUGACUGGAUACAAUAGUGAAUAGGGCAAGUUGUGUUUUGUCCUGUGUCAGAUCUCAUUUAUGGUCCUCUCAGUAGGUAAUGAAACAGUCCCUGUGACAGUAGAAUAUUUCUCAGGCAUAGUACUGUUAUUACUGCUGCUGAUUGUUUCAGAAAAUAAAACACCAACAAAUAAACAAUAA